AUGGACAUCCACUCCUCAUCCAAUCUCGACUACCUGCACAACCCCUGCCUCGUCAAGGAUAUCUUCAUCGCCUGCUACGACGCAACCCCCCGUUUUACUCGAAAUCUCCUAUCCCCACAAGCUCCCCUCCCGCAACCUGUUCGUCCUCAUCCUACAUCUCAGAGAGGGUGCGCUGAUCCGGCUUGUUCUUCUCCCAAAGGGCCCCUGUGGCCCUUCCGGUGUGAUCCAAGGGAUGCGCGUCGAAGAAAUCGAGACGUUGAGCUCUGGCACGGGGGCGCCGCGCCGAGUGUGUAUCGGCCCUCCGUCUCGCUUUUAUCCUUCAUGGCUCGGUCAUAUGGCCGCCUGCUGGGGCCGAUUGUCGUGAGCGUUGGGAUUAUCAUCGGAAGAAUCUGGUGGGUGAACGAGACGCGGGGUGAUUAUGGGUUGAGUGGCUACUACGGUCGAAGCAGGAUAUACCCGACCUUGAACGCAUUGAACGCUGGAAUAAUUCUGAUGGCUGAGUCGAACGAUCCCUCCUCAUUCCUAUCUAAGAAGUACGGCUCGGAAGUCGUUACUCCAUGGCCGCGAGCGGAGUAA